AUGAUGCUACAGGUGACGAAAGGUAGCAAUUGGCCGGUUGUAUUUUUCCGCGAAAUUGACAUUCUGCAGCCUGAUUUCAUGAUGAUCUCAUUGUUUGAUGUCGUUGUGAUAGCACUUUGCCGUAUGUGCAUACUUAUGUUUUUCUAUGCAUUCCUACUAACUGAACAUUGGCUUCCGGUCGCAGUCACCACUAUUACAACGACGCUUUAUCUUGUCGCAAAGUAUAUGGUAUUUUUAUCGUCGUUUGUGGUUGCCUGGUUCGAGAUGUGGCUCGUGCCAUUCCAUGUUCUACCAAGCGAACGUCGUCAAAUGAUUAUUCCGGUGGAGAAUCUGUCAACACUUGUUUCGGCACGGAAUGAACAGACCGAUGAGGAAUUUCGUUCAGCGAUGGAAUAUUCCUCGGCGGAAUAUGUCGAUGCAGUGGACAGAGCUGAAUGGAAAGCCAAAGAAUUGCUAUCACAGACUGGUUCCUGGAAAAUUCUAAGCAGAGGAAGUCCAGAAAUACGAAUGCUAGAAGGCAAACGCACAUAUUACAUACGCGAUGAAAUUGCAUGCUCACCAAAAUGCCUCUUCAAAGCUGUUUGGAAGGAUAAUACGUUGUGGAAUAAGCAUGUCGCUGAAUUCAGAGUAACUUAUAUCUGUUUUGAUGCCUUUUUUCCGUUUGUGCAAUGCAAAAACGCAUAUCGUCGAGCCGCUGUAUGUGUAUGUGUGAGUGUAUCUGUGUGUUUGUCUGUGCUGACUUUUCAUCUCGAGACCCACAAGAGUUACAAAGCUUAGAC